GUUGGAUUUAUCCUAUCUAUGCCGACAUGCGGUUCAGUCGUAACGGCCGUAAGUCAGGACCGCAGAACAGUUUGUGACCGGUAUCGCUGGUUACCCCAACCAAGUGAUAGGGGAGACCCGAGUACCCGACGAACUCGACACCCGCGCAGUUCACCUCACGAAAAUGGACAAUGACAAAUCWAAGAUGUCUAAGACAUUAUUAGAUAAAUCUGAUGAAAUGGACAUAGAUGAAGAUCCAUGUUCUGAUGAUGAUGUUGACAAUGGUGCUCCUAUGUUAGAUGAUGAUGAUGAUGAUGAGGAUGAUGAUGAUGACGAAGAUGAUGAUAAUGAAGAUAUGGAUGAUGAUCCAGAUUAUCAAGAAGAUUGUUCACGUAUUUCUACAGAAGCAGCUUCUAUAUCAGUUGAUGAAACUUCUUCUAAUCAAACUCCAAAUGAUAUUGCUGUUAAGACAGAUGAAGGUAAUUUCGAAGAAACAACAUCUUGUUCACCUAUUCGGAGUGCUGUUACACCUAUAACAUCUUAUGAUAGCCCUUUACAAAUGAAAAAAUUAAAUUUAAAAAUUAAAAGAUGGAGAAGGGAAGAUGCAGAAGGUAAAUCUCCAAAUGUUUCUCGAACUGAUGAAAAUACUCCUCCUACUUCAUCAUCGGUCGAUCCUACUAUUGAUGAUAGAAAUGUAUUAUAUCAAGAGACUUGGCCCGGAAAAGUAUGUGCAUUUUGUAAUUUGGGAGAACGAAGUCAACUUGGACAAGGAUCUCUUCUAAGGUUAGACUGGGAAAAAGAUUUUAAAUCAACAUUAGAUGAUUUUACCAAGCAAUUAGUUACUAAACAAUUAACUCCAAUGCCAUUACAAUCACCAACUGCCGAAACGGCACCAAUUAUACAGUAUAGAAGGCAAAAAUCUGCUGCUAAAUUUAAACAACAACAAUUUUCAACCUGUAGUUUUGAACCUGUGGAUGAGCUUAGCGUUAUUGGUUAUUUGGAUGUUCCUGAUUUAAAUAUGGUUUAUGAACAAUAUGAAUCAAAUGGAUAUGUUUAUGUACAUCAGUUUUGUGCUACAUGGACUCAAGGUGUAAAAUGUGAUACAUCUGAUUCAUUGGAAAAUGUACCUGAACUUAUCUUAGAGAGCUUAAUGCGACGGUGUUCUUACUGUGGUCACUUAGGUGCCAGUGCUCCAUGUACAUACACUAAUUGUUUGAAAUUUUUUCAUUAUCCUUGUAUUUUUGCUUCUGCAUCGUUUCAAGAGAUGAGUGUACCAGCUUUAAUUUGCAAUUCUCAUCUUGAUCAUGUUCCAUUAAUGGAACUUUCUGCUAAUGUUGCUUGUGGUAUUUGUUCGACUCUUGGAGAUGUUUCUAAUUUAAUGAUGUGUACAGCAUGUGGUAAUCACUACCAUGGUGUUUGUGUUGGAUUAGCUCUACUCCCAGGAGUGAGAGCUGGUUGGCAAUGUGGUAACUGUAGAAUUUGUCAAGUUUGUCGGCAACCAGCCGAACAGGCUAAAGUCAUGUUAUGUGAAGGUUGUGAUAAAGCCUAUCAUCCUGGUUGUUUAAGACCUCAAGUGACAACUAUUCCUAAAAUUGGAUGGAAAUGCAAAUGCUGUCGUGUAUGCACUGAUUGUGGUUCUCGUACCCCUGGUGCUGGGUUAUCUUCUCGGUGGCAUGCCCAUUACACAGUAUGUGAUUCUUGUUAUCAGCAACGUAAUAAAGGUUCUUCAUGUCCACUUUGUCAUCGAGCUUAUCGAGCUGCUGCUCAUCGAGAAAUGGUUCAAUGUAUAUCAUGUCGAAAAUACAUACAUGGUGCUUGUGAUCCAGAAGCUGAAUAUAUAACUAGUCAUAGCAAAAGUUCAGCAUCUGAGUAUAUGUGUCCUUUAUGUAAAAAUGCUGUACAACAACGUCGUGAUGGAUAUGAAGAAUUUGGAGACUCGAAUAGUUCAAUAGAUGUUUAUCAACCUGAACAUGAUUCAGAGUUUAAGAGCAAUAAAGAUUUUGAUGAUGGUCGAAUGUGUGGGUAUGGUUUGGGUAAAGGAAAACCAUAUGCUGCAUGUAAAGUAGCUAAGAAGCGAUUGCUUUCUGGAUAUGCUGGGCGUGCUAAGGGCUUAGGUAAACUUACUGCUGCAUUAAAACCCAUGUACCAGAAGAAAGGUCAACGGCUUGUUGAGUUUCCUAGAAAGAGACCACGAGGAAGAAUGCGAGGCAUUUUUGGUGUACCUGGUCUUGGAUUACAAAGGCCUUUGUCUGAUGUAAGCUCCAAAAAUUCUUCAAAUGACAUUGAUCCUAACAAUGAAAAUCGAAUUGUUUUAUGCUCAGCUAAAGAUAAAUUUGUACUUGGUCAAGAUAUAUGUGUUAUGUGUGGAUCAUUAGGCACAGACCAAGAAGCAUGUCUUAUUUCAUGUUCUCAGUGUGGUCAGUGCUAUCAUCCUUUUUGUGUUAAUGUUAAAGUAACCAAAGUUAUUCUUCAAAAAGGAUGGAGAUGUUUAGACUGUACAGUUUGCGAAGGGUGUGGACAACGUAAUGAUGAGUCUAGACUUAUACUUUGUGAUGAAUGUGAUAUUUCUUAUCAUAUUUAUUGCACUGAUCCAAAACUUGAUUAUGUCCCCAGAGGAACUUGGAAAUGCAAGUGGUGUGCUCAAUGUUUGACAUGUGGUUCAAAUGAUCCUGGUUUCAAUUGUUCUUGGUUGAAUAAUUAUACUGAAUGUGGACCUUGUGCUUCUCGUAAUAUUUGUCCAUCAUGUCAAGAAUCAUAUACUGAUAGUCAAUUGAUUAUUAAAUGUUCUCAGUGUGAUAGAUGGCUUCAUGGAAAAUGUGAUAAAAUUGAAAACGAAGAUGAUGCAGAAAAAUGUGCAGAAGAGGGAUAUAGUUGUUUACUGUGCCGUCCUCGUGGGACAGCUCCAGCACAUUUAGCACAUGUCUCAAGUCCUAAAAUCAAACAGAAAACUUCAUCUCGUGAUAAUAGUCCAGAUGCUAAUAAAGGAAUAGUUAAUGAAUUCUGUAUGGAUGGUAUUUAUUUAUCUGAAUCAGGUGUUCAACAUAUGAAGGUUCUAACCAGUGGUAUAGAAAUAUCUCAUCAACGUAAAAAACGAAAAGAUUUGAAAAAAGCACAAAUGGAAAAAGAAGCAGCUAUUAUGGCAGCGAUUGAAUCUGUUGUGUGCAAUAGUAGAGAUACUAUUAAUGAUUCUUUAGAUCAUGAUGAUGCGUAUAAGAUGGAUUUUGAUGAUAUUAAGGAAGAACCAAGUGAACCCGAACCUAUUUAUAAAGAAGGAAUGAUAGUUCAGCCACGUGAUGAUGGUCGUCCUCCUGAACCACCAGAAGGUUUUAGUAUUUUGACAUUAGAAACAGGUGUAAUGGUUCUACGCCGAAAACGAGUUAGAAAUCUUCAAAAAUUAGGUAUUGGAGGAUUUGUUGUUAGAGGACGUAUGCCCCGAGCUAAAGAUAAAGAUGAAGAAAAUACUCAGGAUGGUGAUGGCGAAGACAAUAAACCAAGGCGUAAACAAAAUCGAUGGAAAAAACCAAAGAGUAAAAUUGCUGAAAAUUACCCUAAUUACAUCCAAGAUGCAUUUUUUGGUCGUGAUUUGUUGGAUGCCUGCAAUGUGGCAGCACAGAUUUUGGACAGUAGUGAGUCUGAAGAAGUGGAAGAAAAAUAUGAAGAUAUUAAAACAAUUGAACUUUCUCAGGCUGAAUUAAAAAUUAUGGAAGACAUUAAAGCCAGACAACAAACAAAAGAAGAAGUGAUUCAAAAAUGCAUGAAUAUUAAGGAAGAGAUAAUUGAACUCAAUGAACAACCAAAAGUUGUUGAAAAGAAAAAAGAAAUACUUUCUACAAAUGAGAAUGAUACGUUGAAAGAUAUUUUGCUGUCAGAUAAUUUAUUAGAUUCUAUUAUGAAUGAACAAAGUAGGAAUAUUAAGACAGAAAUGGAAGUUGUAGAAGAACCCGAUAUAAAUGAAACUGGUACUUCAGUUCAAAAAGAUGAAUUUAGUGAAAUUCUUGGUUCACAUUUUAAUCUUGAUUCUAUGGUCAGAGAGACAGGGUUACCAAAUAUGGAUAGUAAAGAUGUAGAAGAGAUUUUUAAAGUAGUCUUAACUGACGAUGCUUCACAAGAAUCUCAAGAUCCGAAUAGCUCUAAUAUGUUAUUAAUAAGUAAUAAUAAUAUGGGUACCGUACCUCAAGCUCAAAAUGGAGUUGUUUUGGUUCAAAAUCAAAACCAUGUUCCAAUAAUGUCUCCAUCUCGUACAGGUGUUCCAACUAAUAUGUCUCGUGGAAAAGUACCAGCUCCAGCAUUACCACCUGUUGUAACCAAUAUGCCUUCUCCUAUCUAUCCAGCAAUGUCUCCAUAUCAUUCUGAAUAUAGCAAUAGUCCAUCUCAGUUUAGUCCAGCAUUUUCUGAACCUCACAGUCCUUGGGUUCAAAAUAGUGGUGGUGAAGAUAGCUUAGAAGGCGUAGGUUCUCAGUCAUCAGCAAUAAAUACCAGUCAAAGAAAUUCUCAAAAAAUGGAAGCAGAUGAAGCUUUAGGACCUAAAGCUUCAAUAUCUGCUGUACUUUACGCUAAUGUUACUCAUCCUGAAUGGAAAACCGAAUUUCCUUCUUGGCCUGAAAGAUCAAGACAAAUAUUAAAAAAGUGGAGAACACUGUCUCCAGAACAAAAAAGUCCAUUUUUAUUAAAAGCAAGAGAAAACAGAACUAAUUUGAGACAGAAAAAAGCGCAACAGGCAGUGAAGGAAGACAGUACCAGUGGCGACAACCGGACCAGUUCAACGUCUAGUGCUACCCAGAGUCCGACGAUUAACAAUGGAGAGGUGUGUCCCACCAAAGAACUGAUGCAACCCGCAAUACUAAUUGCCGCUGGUGAUGGUCAUAAUAACUCACAAUCUCCCCAGCCUUCUGAUCUUGAGCCUGAAUCUAACCCACCUCAGCAAACAUUUCCUACUACUAUUCCUACUCACCCAUCUACUAUACAAUAUAUACCAGUUUUACCCAACCCUCCAUCUCCCAAUCCUGUUAAUUUGCGAACUAUUCACAUCAUUCCUGCAGAGAAGAAUUCAUCUGAACCAAUUCAAUAUCAAUAUGUAGCAUCGGGUUCUUCUGAAAGGGGAACUCUGCAUUAUCCACCAAAUAGUAUUCACAUAAUACAAACAGUUCCAUCAUUAAUAAUGUCUAAUUCAAUAUUAGCCACAUUAGACACUAAAAAUCAAACUGAUUCACGUAAUAACCUAUUACAUAUAAUCACAUCACAGCCAACUGGCACAAUACGUAAUGUACAGUUGGUGAGAAAUGAAUCAUCAUCAGCUGGCAUUGAGGGCGCUAAAACUAACAUAACCGCUAGCAGUACUAACAAUUCAGUCAGCACUUCACCACCGCUGUCUGACCAACAAAUACGUGUACUAACACCGUCUGAGAUAAUGCGCACACUCCCGUCCCUUGGUCAAGAGACUUAUGACCCUGUGGAUCAAGACAAAAUGAUAUCUCAACAAAGAUCCCGUGAAGCUGAAAAUGAACGUCAAUGGAAACAGUUACAAGCAAUGCGACAACAACAGGCUCAAGCUGCACAACAGCAGCAAGUAAUGCAAGACCAACGUACUCAAGGAGUUUAUCAAAGAGUACCAGUUCAUCAAAGAAAUCUUUCUAUUGAUACCAAUCAAUUUACUAAUUCUGAUCAACAAGUGUUGGUUCAUACACCAAAUUUGACUACUCAGUUACAAGUUUCUACUAAUCAGGAUGGUUCUUUGACUCCCUUACAAAGUCCCAGUAGUGUAAGUUCUCAACAACAAUCUAGAUCACCAUAUCCUUCACCCGUCUUAAAAGUGACGAGGGUUGUAAGUCCUGCUUCAGCAUCACCAUCACCUCAAUACACACGUUCACAGUCAACACCAGGACCAACAGAUUUGUUUAGUCCACCAAUAUCUUCAACUUCUGCAGCUCAACAACAAAGAAAUGUUCAUUUUAAUCCGACAUCUCCGCGAGGCCGAGAUGAUGUAUUUUCAUCACCUCAAGCUAAUCAAGAAAUGACAAGACAUUUGAGGGAGUUACUUCAAAGGCAGCAGUUUAAAAAAGAAACACCAGCUGAUCAACGUAUGUGGAAUACAGAAGAUACACCUAAUCAAGAAAUAAGCUCUCAAAAUGUGUCAAAUCAAGAUUUUGAAACCCCAUCUUCUGGACCAACAUUUCGCCAGCCUUUACCUCCAAGUGCUGUUAAGACUCAGCGUAUGCCUUUCCAACCAAUGGUUACUCCAAAUACUCAAAUGGUCAUUCGGCAACGAGUUCAAGAUCAUAAAUUCCAAUUAUCAGAUCCUCGGUUUCGAUUGUUAAUACAACAACAACGAUCUACUACUACUGGUGCUGUUAUCAAUAGUAACAUGAAUGCUCAACAAUUUGUAUCUGGUAUUAAAAAUCCCAUUACACAACAAGUGUUGACACAACAAAAUUCUAGACCUUACGAAAUAAUGCAACAACAACAGCAGCAGCAGCAGCAACAACAGCAGCAGCAGCAACAACAACAACAGCUGCAACAACAACAACAACAACUGCAACAACAACAGCUGCAACAACAACAACAUCAACAGUUGCAACAACAGCAACAGCAACCACCAUUUUCAGCAGUAGAAAGAUCUGAAAGCUUGGACCAAAAAUAUCAAUCCCCAAUUAAUGAAGUUUCUUCAAUAAUAAAUGAUCCUAGUUCAAUGUCUCAAUCUAUUGUUGGUCAAAAUGUAUCUGUUGGUAGACAUAGUGAUAUAUUACAGCAYCAGACUCAGCAAAAUUCUAUCAAUGGUGCUGAUAAUGUAGACAGUAGAAGUGAAGAAAUUACAGAUAGUGUUAGAGAUGAAUUGGAAAAACUGCAACAAGAAGGAGAUCCAAAUAAUAUUGGUGAAGUUGAUGGAGUCAAUGCCCUUUUGGGUGAUUUAGAUGAUGAUGAUGAACUCUUAGCUGAAAUGGGAGCUGACUUUAAUAUAUUGGAAUAUGCUGAUCCAGAACUUGACAACCUAGAUUGCGGUAACAAAACUAAUAUUUUAUAUGAUCUUGUUGAUGAUGAAGAAUCCAACAAGAGUGCUCACAACAAAACAGUACCAAACGAUAAGUCUUCAGUAGAAAUUGAAACAAAACAACCAAAAGAAGAAGUGGAUGAUCUACAGAGAUUAAAUAGUCUGAACCAUAGAAAAGAGCAAAAUAGCGUAGCAGUUUUAGGAAUUGAAAAGUUCGAACAAGAUAUUAUUCAUCCUCCAAAACUUGAACCUUCACAAAAUGUUAACACACAAAUUGUUCAAGAUAACCAAAUGGGCAAUGUGAUGCAGAACAGAGAAAAUAGUUUGAGUUUCAUGUCAAAUUUUUCUGGAGAAAACCAAACACCCAAAAUGUCACCAAUUGGACAAGUCACUAUUCAGCAACAACAGCGACUAAUUCAAAUGCAGCGCACAGUUGUUCCUAAUCGCAUGAUAGGUUCUCAGCAGAUCAUACAACAAGGGACAGUUCAACAAACUCGACAGUUGGCUCCACCUCCACCUUACCCAGGACCACCACCACCAUACCCAGGACAACAUCAGGUCCGUAUGAGGGCUUCUUUGCCACACAGUGACAUGGUACUACCACACAGUCUUAUGGGCGUCCAAAUGCAGAGAAGACCAUUGUUGCUUCAGGAACAGCCCUUAUUAUUAGAAGAUCUUUUAGAACAAGAAAAACGAGAACAAGAAAAACGACAAAAUGUUGAUACAUCAAGUGUUAAUAGUAAUGUUUCAUCUACGGGUUCUUCACUCCCUGCUCUAUUGAGCGAUGCUGAUUUUGAACUUCUGCGAGCAGAUGUUAUGAAUUCCUCUGCUAGUGGUACUGCUAUUGCUUCACCGCCUAUAAUUCAACAAAGUGGUACAGGAGUUGUACAACAACAAGUCAGUGAUCAAAUACAUAUGCAAAGACCUACGUUUUUGCAAAGAUCCACAUCUCAGCCAGUACAAAAUUGGUCACAACCUCAGCAACUACCUAGUCAAUCUCCAGCAAGACAACAAUUUACUGAUUCAUCUAUAAAAGUUCCAAUUUUUAAUGCUCCGGUAUUAACACCACCAGCACAACCACCUGAAGUUAUAGCUACUGAACAAGAUCGUCAAACUCAACAUGCGUAUGAAGUAUGGCUUAAUGAACAAAGUAACAAUAUAACUAAGCAGUUGAAAUAUUAUGAAAGCGAAGUUCAGAAAUUAAGAAAAAUGAGAAAGAGCAUGAAUAGUAAACAACGUGUUGCUAGAAAACAAGGUAAUGAACUAUCAGAACACGACUCAAUAGAAUUUCAACGCGUUACUACAGAACAGCAAGCUGUUCAAAAAUUAUUGGAUUCAAGUCGUAAGCAAAAUAAACAGCAUAUGGCUAUUAUACAGGAGUACAAAAAUAAACAUCGUCCAGCAACUGCAGAAAGUCCUCAGUCUCCAAGUGUAAUGAUGUCUCCAAAUUCGACUGUUGGAUCUAUUCAACAUCAACAAAACUCAAUGUCUCCACACAAUAGUAUUUCCACUCCUUUAUCUCAAACUGAAGAAAACCCGUUUAGUCCAAACCAACAGUCCCCAUUACCAUCACCUAGAUCUAAUCUGACCUCACCUCAGCUGCGUAAUCCUGGUCAAUCGAGUCCACGGCAAGUGAUUAUAAAUCCAAACACUCAAGACCAACUAACAAGGUUUGUAGUAUGA